AUGCUACCCGCUUUCCGAAAAUUCGAUCUUUGCUCCAGGUCUGAUCUUCGAACGGUUCGAGCCGGAUAUGAUGGUACAUGGGGACAUGUUGAACCCGGGAAAUCGUACGAAAGAAGCGGCGAAGAACGACUGGCUUUUGUGAAAAAGCCUAAGCUGAGUAGUGACUACAAAACCUUUUUUCUGAAACUACUCGGGUUACUUAAGAUGCCGUUUUCGGACUAUGCUUCGCGAAUUCUGGCUACAGUACCGCUUGAAAUGCGAAAAACUAGCGGUUUACAGGUUGAUCUUCAAGUUUUAUCUCAACCGCCUGGAACAACUGCUGACGACAUUGGGAAUAAAUUUUGGAAUUUUAAGUACGCUGGAAGAGGUCAAAUUGUCUAUGCAUUGGAUGGUGGGUUCCAUAUCAGUCAUAAGGAAACGCGUACGAUCAAUAUUGAAAAGAUGAUUUUCCCUGGAGCCUUGCCGGCGGAUGACGGGUUUACCGCAGCCAGCCUUUCCGACGUCGACCACGGAACCGCAAUCGCAGCCAAAAUUGCAGGCCGAACAAUAGGUAUCGCGACAAACGCGACUCUCAUCUUAGGAAGAGUCACAGAUGGCUCGGGAGUUUGCGACUACAGUACUCUAUUAGAACUUUAUCUCAAGGUCUAUGAUGAUAUACUUGCCCGAGGCCCGAAGCAAAACUGCAUAAUUUCUUUAUCAUAUCUGACCUCCAUCCCGCAGCCAGAAGACCCAAUAGAUACUACCAUGAACUUGUAUCAUAUCGGAAUCCAGGAUGAGAGCGGCUAUUCUUGGUACCACCGGCUCGCUAAAGAAGCUAUGGACGAUGUCAUCGAUUACAUUAUAAAUCUUCCCAAUACAUUUUUUGUCGUUGCAUCGGGAAACGGUGACGACCAUGUUCUUGUAAAUGCCCACCCUGCCACACUCGGCGCGGUAUACGCCGGAGUGAACCCAAGGUUCAUAGUCGUGGGUGGCUAUGCUCCGAACGUGGGACUAAAUCUUUACCAGACCGCACCUUACGUUUCAGUAAUGGCGCCGGCGGGAUCAAUCAACGUUCCUGCGCGGUGGAUAAACAAACGACUCGAGGACUCGGAUUCCUAUGUGUGGAUGAAAGCCUUAUUCCACAGAAAGCACGAACUCGGCUUCUCUGCCGGAACUUCUUAUGCUAGCCCAGCAGUUGCUGCCAUGAUUGCAGCAUGGCUAUCAAUCGGAAUUAAGGUGAAAGAUAUUGUGCCAUUGAUGGAAAAGCUAGCAUAUCCAAGGGUCACGAGGGGCCCGAAAGCUCUCUAUAACGGCGUCCCAAUUAGCCGCUGGCCGAAAACUCAAGUACCCGCAUGGUAUAAGGCAAAAAAUAGUACCCCCUUGCCUCCGGCCCAGUUAGACAUAGAGGUAAGCGAAAAGAAUGAUACCCUUGCCGAAUUGUAA